AUGAUGACUCGAUCUUCUUCUGGAGCAAUAAUCAAUAUCGAAGCGAGUACCAAAAAACUCGAAGUCGAUAAUCGAAUCUCGCUCCGGUUUUACUACCGAAUUGCCGAUAAUAUUCUCAAGCAGGCAGACAUCUUUCGUGGAGAAAAAAACAUUGUUGAUUUGUAUUUCAUGCUUCUUAGAUUUUCAAGUUUGAUUAUGGAUACAAUACCGCGCCAUCGAGAUUAUCGGGCAUCUCCACAGAUAGAUAAAGUUUAUCUUAAAAAGAAAUUAAUAAAUGCAAUAUCCGAGCUUGAGGAACUGAAACCUGCUGUUCAACGGAAAGUCCAGGAGUUACUCAGUAGGAAACAACCUGGCGCUAACCAAAAUAAUACUUUGGAAUCUUCGCUGGGAAGUCCUGUUGCCAAACAAGAAAGGUGGAAUAAUUGUAGCAGAACUAAGACUAGUCCACCUGUUGCUAGUGAAUUUGCAUAUCGAGGUCUGAAGACUCAACAUCUCUCUCUUGUCAAACCAAUGGAAGAGCAUCACCGCCGAAUAUCACUGAGUAUCCCUCGCCCAAAGGACGAAACUCUUGCUAGACAUUCUAUUUUGGGACCAAAUGGGCUUCGUGGACAGUGGCAACCUCCUAGUAGUAAUUAUAAGGUACAAUAUCCAAGCAAUUUAGACUUGACUCCUGUUCAAGCCCCAAGCUGUCUGGAGCAGCCUUUCCAUAAUAGUACUACGAUGAGAAAGGAUGAUGGCAACUUGGAGCGAGAAAGAUCCACUUUUGAAUCUAUAGUUCUGCCAGCAAAAGGAAAUCAAACAUUUCAGACUCAAGAACCCGAUUCUCUAAUUUCUUUUGAAACCGACGAAAGCCUUCCUCAAGAAGAAAUUGUUACACAACCUAAACCACCUCCUGUCCUGGCAGAUAUACAGGAUCUGAUCGCGAGAUCAACUCCAGCUCUGGAAACUGUUGAAAGCCUUCCUCUAGAAGAAAUUAUUAGACAACCUAAACCACCUCCUGUCCUAGCAGACGUACAGGAUCUGGUCUCAAGAUCAACUACUGAAAGAGAGUGUGGGAUGGAGAAGUCUUCCAGUGAUGGUUUAAAUUGUUCUGAAGACCCCCUACAAUUGCACAUAUCUACAGAACUGAUGGACUGUUUCAUGAAGCUAGCCAAGUCAAACACAGAUAAAGACUUAGAAACUUGUGGCGUUCUUGCCGGUUCCCUUAGAAACCGAACAUUUUCCAUUACAGCUCUUAUUAUCCCAAAGCAAGAAUCAACAUCAAAUUCAUGUCAAACCACAAAUGAGGAGGAAAUAUUUGAAGUGCAGGACAAGCAGUCUCUUUUUCCAUUGGGCUGGAUUCAUACACAUCCAACCCAAUCGUGUUUCAUGUCAUCAAUUGAUGUUCACACACACUACUCGUAUCAGGUUAUGUUGCCGGAAUCCAUCGCCAUUGUCAUGGCCCCAAGAGACACUUCCAAAAAACAUGGUAUAUUCCGAUUGACUCCAGGUGGCAUGACAGUCGUGAGGCUAUGCCCACAACGCGGGUUUCAUCCACACGAACCCCCUUCUGAUGGUACUCCAAUAUACAAUCAUUGUACAGAUGUUUAUAUGAAUCCUAGCUUGAAGUUCCUACUUGAUACUGUUCUGGAUAUCUAUUCAUCUCUUCAAGAAGAGGUCAAUAUUGCUUCCAAUUCUUCACCCUUGCCAGAUACCAAUGGUAACAUGGAGGCCUCUGAACUACUGAAAGAAAAGGGGAAUGCUGCAUACAAGGGGAAACAGUGGAAUAAGGCUGUGACCUACUAUACAGAGGCCAUAAAAUUGAAUGAGACAAGCGCUACUUACUACUCCAAUCGAGCAGCUGCUUACUUGGAGUUGGGAUGCUUCCAGCAAGCUGAAAAGGAUUGCACUGAGGCUAUAUUUCUAGAUAAGAAGAAUGUGAAGGCAUAUUUGAGGCGAGGGACAGCUCGGGAAUCACUUCUUUUCUAUAAGGAGGCUCUUCAAGAUUUCAAGCAUGCACUUGUACUCGAACCCCAGAAUAAGGUUGCAAGUAUGGCUGAAAAGAGACUUAGAAAGUUGAUCAGUUGA